CGGAAGCGCGGCGGCGGCGGCGUUGUUGGCGUUCCCCAGGCAGCUGUAUCCUUGCGCCAUGCGAGUCCUCAGGCCGAGUCUGUCGGCUGGGCGCCUCCUCCUCCUCUGGCCGCGGCUCCCCCUGCGGCCGCCGCGGCCGCCCGGACCCCGGCUGUCGAGCGGGCGGGCGGCGGCGGCCGGCGCCCUGGAGCGGGCCAUGGACGAGCUGCUGCACCGUGCGGUGCCCGCGAUGCCGGCCUACGGGCUGCGCGAGAAGACGCCGGCGCCGGCGGAGAACCAGUGCGCGGACUUCGUGAGCUUCUACGGCGGCCUGGCUGAGGCGGCCGAGCGCGCCGAGCUGCUGGGCCGCCUGGCGCAGGGCUUCGGCGUGGACCACGGCCAGGUGGCCGAGCAGAGCGCCGCCGUGCUCCAGCUGCUCCAGCAGCCGCGGGAGGCGGCCGUGCUCCUGCAGGCAGAGGACCGGCUGCGCUACGCGCUGGUGCCGCGCUACCGCAGCCUCUUCCACCACAUCAGCAAGCUGGACGGCGGCGUGCGCUUCCUGGUGCAGCUGCGGGCCGACCUGCUCGAGGCGCAGGCCCUCAAGCUGAUGGAGGGGCCGCACGUCCGGGAAAUGAACGGGGUGCUGAAAAGCAUGUUCUCGGAAUGGUUUUCUUCCGGGUUCCUGAACCUGGAGCGGGUCACCUGGCAUUCACCGUGCGAAGUGCUGCAGAAAAUCAGUGAGUCUGAGGCUGUGCAUCCCGUUAAAAACUGGGCGGACAUGAAACGGCGCGUGGGGCCCUACAGAAGGUGUUACUUCUUCUCUCACUGCUCGACCCCAGGGGAGCCCCUGAUCAUUUUGCACGUGGCCCUGACCAGUGAGAUCUCCAGCAGCAUCCAGACCAUCAUAGUGAAGGAGAGUCCCACGUCGGAGACAGAGGAGCGGGACAGGAUCACCACAGCCAUCUUAUACUCGCUGAGCCUGACCCAGCAGGGGCUGCAGGGCGUGGAGCUGGGCACCUUCCUCAUCAAGCGGGUGGUGAAGGAGCUGCAGAAGGAGUUUCCUCACCUGGGGACGUUUGCAAGUCUGUCCCCUAUCCCUGGGUUCACCAAGUGGCUUCUGGGGCUGCUGAAGUCAAAAGCAAAGGAUCACGGGAGGAACGAACUGUUGACAGAUUCCGAGUGUAAAGAAAUCUCCGAGAUCACGGGCGGUCCCGUGAAUGAGACCCUCAAGACCUUCCUCAGCAGCAGCGAGUGGGUCCAGUCUGAGCAGCUGGUCCGGGCGCUCCAGGCCCCCCUGAUGCGGCUCUGCGCCUGGUACCUGUACGGGGAGAAGCACCGGGGCUACGCCCUGAACCCCGUGGCCAACUUCCACUUGCAGAACGGGGCCGUGAUGUGGCGCAUCAACUGGAUGGCCGACGUCAGCCUCAAGGGCAUCACGGGCUCGUGUGGCCUCAUGGUCAAUUACCGCUACUUCCUGGAGGACACGGCCACCAACAGGGCCACCUACCUCAGCUCCAAGAGCAUCAAAGCUUCCGAGCAGGUCCUCAGCCUGGUGGCCCAGUUUCAGAAGAACAGCAAACUCUAAGUCACCUUUGCUGAAGCCAGCGUCCCCGGCUUGGAAAAGGAUAAUUUUCCGGAGGGGUCGGGGAUGGGGUUAUGUACCCAAAGGAGCUUCUAGAGUGAACCAGAGUUGAACUGUGCUCUCUGGCCUGUGGCGGGGUCACACCGGCAGGCCGGGCCCGGGCUUUGCACGAGGGAAGAUGCGUUACCGCUGCGAGGUAGUGGUGGGUACAGGUGGACGUGGGCUGGAUGGGGAUGCUGUGCUCUCUCCAGAAGAUUCCAUCGUGGCCUUCGGCCUGGCUCCCUGCCCUGGGAUGGUCUUCAGAAACCAUGGAGUCUCUGCCGGCUCUCGUCCCAAGGUGGAUGGGUCAGCCGCUCCAGGACCCGGGCAGGUGGCCCAGGUGAGAACCAGAUAUUCCUUUCAGCGUAGAACAUGGUUCAGCCAUGAUUGUUUUAGCCGUUUCUCUCUGCUGAUUGCAAAGCGGUAGAGAGCUGUGCUACACUUCACUAGUUAAAUUCUGGAGAUCGUGAACGUAUGAAAAGGUUUGUGACUUUGCACAAACUUCACUAAGCUAAAUUAUUGGACACGAGAGCUCUUGUCGCCUGGGGCUUAAAUUGUAUUAUAGACUUGACAGUUACAGCGAUUCAAGUUCGUGAUGAAUUUCGUAGCAAAGAACAAGUUUGUCCUGUGAAGCAUUAAACACGUGGUUAUUCACGA